ACACCAUGGACAGGUACCAGUACAACGUACCAUUGGGCGUUUGCGCCGCUGUUGUUUGGUGUACGUUGAUAUGUAUUAGCAGAUUGUAUCUGGGAAUGCACACAGUAUUGGAUAUCAUUGUGGGCUUGGCCUUAGCUAUGAUCCUGAUGGUUCCAUUAGUACCAAUCGUUGAUUUUCUAGACAGUUACCUUCUAACGAAUCCCAUAUCACCGCUUCUGUUACUGGUAUCUUCUAUACUAGUUAUAGUAUAUUAUCCAAACAGCGGAAAGUGGACGCCAACAAGAGGCGACACCAGCAUGAUCUUAGGUGUCUGCGUAGGCAUCCACGUCGGCGCCUGGCUAAACUACCAAACAGGCCUGAUUCAACCUACCACGAAGCAUCUAGCCGCACCUUAUGUCAUCAUGUGGCCAUCCUACUAUAUGCUUUUCCGCAUGCUCUUACGCACAAUCAUCGGGUUCGUAUGCGUACUCCUCACCAAAGAGCUUUUCGGGCAUUUGACCUACCACGUGCUGUGCGCAGCGCUGGGUGUCUACGUGGACGAUUUGAGAAAGUCUGAGAACACACUGCAGAAUAAGCACAAGACUUUCGUGGAAUUGAGUUGUAAAUAUGUGUAUUGCGGGAUGAUCGGGUUCAACACUCUGUAUAUGUUGCCGCAGUUGUUUAGGGCGUUAGGUAUUGAGAGACCAACUUUCUUCACGGAGAUUUAGUGACUGCAGAGUAUUGUUUCAAGGUCAUUUAGAGCUAAAUUCGAUCAGUCUGGUAGAUAAAUGCUUGGAAAUUAUGUAAUUUAUCAGGAGGUUUGUCGUAGAUAACUUGGACUGGCGUGGUUUGUAGAUUUUUGUGAUUACUGCACAGUGAACACAAGCAGGGAAUUGUUUUCAGUUCAAACAUCUGCUUGAAGUUAGAAAUUUGCUGCAAGCGUAUGUAGAACAAGCAUUUUAUAUUCUGUGAGUUAUCAUUAAAAAUUUCGGCACCAACACUUAUGAAACAUUCCUAGAAUUACGGAAUGUAUUCUUGUGAAAAAUCGUAUUUUUGCGGUUUCCUUCAAUCCUAAUAUUCACUUUGAGGUAGAAAAUUUACUGCAAGCGUUUAUAGAUCAGGCAUCUCGGGAUGACUGAACAUGGUUUUCAUGCCGAUUAUCCUCUAUGUUUGCCUGGCCGCCAAACGAAAUCGCACCUCUGGGUGUGUUUUCACGUUCUCGGAAGGCUUUUGGCGUUUUCGGAACGAUGGGCGAGGGUGACGUAUCUAAAACAUUAAGCAAACGAUAGAUAACCUCAUGCUCGUUUGUAGCUUUGGGGGCUGGAAGUCCUCAGCAUUGUACAUGGUGACUGAAAAGUCGUAUCAGUAAACAGUAUUUCAAAGGCAUGUGGUUUCAUUUAGAGGCCACUAAAACAUGGAGGAUUUUAGCCCAAAAAUGUAUUAAUAUACGUUUCAGAAGGAUUCAGUUGACAGCAUUUAAGGAAUGCAAUCGUUCAAGACAUUUGUAUCUUCAUAUUCCCACAACUGAGAGUUUUGAAACCCAUUUAUGCAUAUUUCAAAAUGGAUAAUAGAUUAUACGUUACCGAAGACGCGCAAUUGAUCAUUUUUGAAACUUGAAGCCAUAAAGGAGUGAUCUUGAAAAACAAGUAACCUAUAUCCUAUCGUAUGAAUCUGUUUCAAUUUGUCAGAUAACAGUGAAUAUUUUCUCAAGCAUCACAUUGAAACAUAUCAUUGAACUUCAUACUGUUAUCCAGUGCUUCGACAAAUAUGUAGUACUGGCCUUGUAGGUAGGCAGCAGUAGUAUUUUUUGAGUUUUUCUUCUGAUCGUAGAGGGAAACUUCGAAUCUUCUUAGGUACGCGGCGCUACUACUCGCCGGGCAUGCCCGAUUCACCACAAUUUUUAGAUGGUCUCCAAAAGUCAUCUCGUCCAAGGUGACUCCAAGACACACUACAGACCUGCUGGGUGUUAGCUGCGUGUUCCUGAUUUUAAACAAGACGUCUCGCCUUUUUACCCUACUGCCUAGCAGAAUCAAGGCUUCCGUUUUUUCCGGUACUAGUUCUAGCUUGUGGUCUAUCAUUCAUCUAUCUAUGAUGGUUAGCGCCUCAUUUGUUUUCCGUAGGAGGUCGAUUUCGCUGUUGGCCAGAUAACGGCCAGGUCAAUGGCAUAUGCAAUAGUUUGGAUACCUCGCUGCAGGGGGAUCCUUGACACUCCAUCAUAAAGUAUGUUCCAGAGGAGAGGUCCCAAUGCAGAGCCCUGUAGAAAUCUGCAUUUUCUUCCCUGCAAUCGUGAUUGUUCUGGUGUUCAAAUAGCUGCAGAUAAGGUUGCAUAGAUAUCUGAACACCUGGAUGUUUAGGAGCUCGCUGAUGAUGAGGCUCCCUGAGGCAGUGUUGAACGCAUUUCCCACGUCCAGCAUCACAAGCGCGCACCAUUUAUGCGUACGCUCCUUGCAUGUUGCGGUAAAUGUCUAUGGUUGAUUUUCCCCUUCGGAAGAGGAACUGGUGCUUAGAGAGCCCUCCUUGGCUUUCGAUUUCUCUCUCGCUUGGAAUUUCAUACAGCUUGCCGACCGUAUCCAGCAGAGAGAUUGGCUGGUGCGAUGACGCCAGUUCUGGAGGUUUUCCGGGUUUACCAACAAGAAUCACAUUUGCUCUCUUCCAGGCUACAGCGAAUAAUUGCUGUUUCAAGAGUAGGCUGUAGUAGUAGUGGUGAGGAGACAAGGCCUUGCAACUAGGUCAACUUUUACCGUUUUUAGCGACCCUGAACACUGAACUACUCCACAAGCCAUCAACUAGUAAUUUAUUAGUUAAUCGACCAGCUCCAGCAAUGCAGUGUACCGAUGUUGAUCUUGCCCCAAUUUAAUGCGUACUUUAGGUAGGCAGCUCAUAUUGCUUGUACAAUCUAUGACUGCCAUUUUAUCUUUCCCUUUUACACUACUAGUUACACGUACAAAACCUAUUUUUGGGGUAACCUGUACUAGUGCUUGAGCUUAGUAAAAAUUAUAUUGACUCAGUAUAACUCAUGUUUCAAAUUUUACUGUCUCCACGACUCUUGCUACAAUUUAAAAAUGCCGAAUAAUAAGAGUCUCUUACCCUUUAGAGCCUCUUUAUGAUUUUAAACGAAUUUUUUGUUUUAAUGUAUUUUGAUGAAGCGUGGUAGACGUAAUAAUUCGUCACUAUUUGUUUAUUUCCACACAAUUUAUGUUUUACAAUGUUAUAUUUUGUUUAGUUGUCAUAUAUUUUGAUGGGAGUGUAGCCAAGUAAUACUUAUUUUGCCAUUUAGUGACUUGCAAUCAAACGAUUUUGUGAUAAAUAGAUGUUAAUUUGAUGUAUAGUAUUUAUAGCUCGUUAUUUUCAAUUAAAAGUUUCAAUAUUUA